AUGAAUACAGAUACAUUAGAACAAUUCAUAGAAAAGAUAAAGUCAACAAACUAUUACUCACCCCCACAUUCAUGCGAUGAAGGUGCUGUCCACUAUGCUUCUAAGGAUACAGAGCACUUAACAUUACCUCGUUUUAUUCCUACUAUGUCUGAAGAUCUCAAAAAAACUUAUUUCAAAAUUUACAAUAAUAAUGAUGUUCUUGCUGCUCAGAUACUUUCCAUAAUUGCGAUAAAUGGAAGUAAAUCCGUUAAACAUUGCAUAUCUAAUAUAAGUUUAGAUUCAAAAACAGGAGAUACAGUUAUAGAAUUGAUUGAUUUCCAAAAGGACAUCUUUAAGGAAUAUGAUAACAUUUGCAAAGUUAGAAGAGUAUAA